CCCCACCUUCUAUAUAAGCCGCCCACGAUCCUUGGCAAUCCGGCAUCAAAACUCUCCAUCCACCAACACAUCCACAUCCCAAAUCUCAAUCUCAACACCAAAUAACAACCUUCAACAUCUCACCCUCCCACAUCCCAAACCAUGCCCCCCUACAAAGUCCAACCCGUAACCCUCGCAGACAGCCCCGCCCUAGCCCACAACAACAUCUCCGCCUUCUGGACAAACCCGAACUGGAACCUCCUCUGGCCCAAAAACACAACCCUCGACUUCCUCAUCGCCGAAGCCACAAAGCGCACGCCAAACAAUCUCCUACGCAACACCGCCGCCCUGCGCCACCAAAAGGCCGUCGACACGCAAACAGGCGAGCUCGUGGGCUACGCGCGCUGGGAGCUGCCGGCCGGUCACCGGGACGCGGCGGCGUGGGCCGGAUCCAAGAUUGCAGAGGAUGCGGUGAGCCGGGAGGAGAGGAGGGCGAUAAAAGAGCGGUCUGACGCUGCGUGGUGGGAGCCGAUUGAUAUGGACGGCAUCGAUGAUUGCGUUCCGCAGAAGAUGCGGAUUUUGGCGGAGAAGCCGUAUAUCAGACUCGACUACCUUGCUGUUCAUCCCGAUCACAAGGGCAAAGGGAUCGCGACUGUGCUCGUCCAGGAGGGGAUACGGCUUGCUGAGGAGACGGGAAUUGACAUCUUCAUCCUGGCUUUCCCGGCCGGCCUGAACGUUUACAAGAGGCUGGGCUUUAAGGAAGUUCACCGCGGCUACCAGGACGAUACCAAGUACGGCGGCGAGGGUUACUGGGUGACGCUGUUGACGUAUGAGGUCAAGAAGACCAACAGCGCAUAAGAACAUCUUCCUCGGUCAGCUCUCACUGAGAGAUCAGGAGGAGAGAAAAUCCAACGGCGUCAACGAUAAUGAGAUGAACCCAGCGAG